AUGGACGGCGAGACCGCUCUUCUCGACGAGUACAAUUCGAAUUUGGCGUCGUCGUCAUCGAAUUCGGAUGUUCCGCAAAAUGUUACCGAAUUCAACAACUUUCAAGAAUAUCCUACUUGUUCGCGAUUCGAAUACGAAAUGGCCAAGGAAAAUGGUGGAACGCAGGUCACCGUCGUACAGCCCGGCUCGUCGCAUCAUUCGAAUCGCCUCGAGACCGCCGUUGAUAUGAAUGACGGCGAUACGGACAUUGAAGAGGAACUAUCGCACUCGUGCAAACAAAUAAUUGUUCCCAGCAAAGCGCAAGUGCUAUUUUACGUGUCGACGUGCACCAAUUUGAGAUUGAAUCAUCAAGGAUCCGAAUUGCAGAUCACCGAUCCAUCUGAUUUUCCGCUUUUGGAUAUAUGGGCAGAACACGUGUGCGAUGAAGCUCCCGUCUGGAUUAUUGAGUCAUAUGGAAGGCGAGUGGCCGUUGUGACAGACACCGCUCCACGAACACUUUUGUCACUGUUGGUGCCGUUUUUAAGGCCAAGAAGAGGGCCGCCAACAUUUUCGGUCAUGGAUUGGAAUGGGGAUGUCAUUGGAUAUUAUUCAUUAACCGGCGAAGCUAUUGAAGUGCAGGACACGAGAAAAGAGACAAUUGCCAAAUGUUAUUGUGAACCAGGGCCGAAUGGAGAGACUUGGCGAAUCGUGUGCGAGAAGAACGUGCAACGCCAAUUGGCAAUUCUCAACCCAAACGGUCAUCUCACAUUUGCCGCAGACAUCGCGCUGCCCCUCAAGCUUCUGCUCAUCUCAACGCUAAGCCGUGCCGUCAUCACUCGUCCGCGCUCCUCGUGUUUUCCGUUGUUUCGCUGA